AUGGCCACGCCGAUCGCGUCGAUGGCAAUGCUGUUCCUGCUCGCGGCGUCCGCUGCCCACGCAGCCCAGCACGCGCCGGCCUACGCCCCUGCCCUCGCCCCUCGCCACCACCCCCACCACCGACAUGCUGCGGCGCCGAGCCCUCAUCACGCCCUGGCACCGGCGGCGGGGCCCGCGCAGCUGCCAAGGACUCCCACCCCCAGCCCCAAAGGUGCCGGCCACAUACCAACGCCAGGUCCUUACAGCGGUGACACCGCAGCACCGGCGCCGGUCCACGGGCGGCAUCAUCCUCACCCUCGCCACCGCGCUGCAGCGCCCGCUCCUCUUCUUGGCAGCCAGCCGGCGAGCGCCCCGAGCCAGUACGACCAUGGCGGACACGACGCUCCAGCGCUGGCUCCGGUUCACGGCACCCAGCCGGCCAGCGCUCCGAGUCCGCAUCACCAUGGUGGCCACGACGCCCCAGCGCCGGCGCCGGUUCACGCCAACCGUCCGGCCGGCGCGUCGACUCCGUACCACCAUGGUCGCCACAACGCUCCCGCGCCGGCGCCGGUUCAUGCCAACCAGCCGACCGGCGCGCCGACUCCGUACAACCAUGUCGGCUACGGGGCUCCUGCGCCGGCGCCGGUCGUCCAUGCCAAACAGCCGGUCAGCUCUCCUGCUCCAAGCCCGCAGCUCCAUGGUUCGGCUCAGGCGAUAGUCGCGCCAGCUCCGCAUCACGAGGAAGCAACAGCGACAGCGCCGGCUCCGGUCCCGGCCCCGGCCCCGGCUCGCGUCGGCGAAGAGGCUCCCCCACCGAGCGAUCUCGCGCGUCCGCCGUCUUCUGAUUACUACCCCUCGUCCGCCCCCGCCCCGGCGCCGGGAAUUUCUGCUGCCUCCGUCGCCGUCGCCGGCGGAUCAUCGGGGCUGCUCGGAGCGAUCGCCCUCUACUUGUGCGCGGCCGUGCUUAUUCUUUAG